AGUCAAAAAUACACACCCUGAGCAUGCAUACUUUGGGUUUCGUCCAAACACGUCCUGCCGCGUUUUCGCAUCUCUUUCCUUCCACCAGCUCAGUAGUAACCCCAAACUAAGCUCAGAAGAGUCUCUUAUAAACACACUUCCAAAACUUCAUCUCUCCUCAUCAGAUUCACAGACAUAAAUUCUAGAGAGAGAAACACAUUAAUUAUACACAUAUAUAGAGAGAGGGGCAAUGGUUUAUGUCAACGCCGCCGGCGGUCAAUUCCCGGACUUUCCGGCAGCUUCGUCUCACGGAGGCCAGUUCAUUCAGUACAACGUUACCGGCAACUGCUUCGAGAUCACAUCGAAGUACAGGUCUCCGAUCGUGCCUAUUGGUCGCGGUGCUUAUGGAAUCGUCUGCUCGGUUUUGGAUUCGGAGACGAACGAGAUGGUUGCGAUCAAGAAGAUAGCGGAUGCCUUUGAUAGUUACGUGGAUGCGAAGCGAACGCUGAGGGAGAUUAAGCUUCUUCGACAUUUGAAUCAUGAAAAUGUCAUAAGCAUAAGAGAUGUAAUUCCUCCACCUCUAAGGAGGGAUUUUUCUGAUGUCUACAUUACCACAGAACUCAUGGACACCGAUCUUCACCAAAUAAUUCGAUCUAAACAAAGUUUAUCAGAGGAGCACUGUCAGUACUUCUUGUAUCAGAUCCUUCGAGGACUAAAAUAUGUACAUUCUGCAAAUGUUAUUCAUAGAGAUUUGAAACCCAGCAACCUUUUGGUGAAUGCAAAUUGCGAUUUGAAGAUUUGUGAUUUUGGUCUUGCUCGGCCAAAUUCAGAGAACGACUUCAUGACAGAAUAUGUUGUCACCAGAUGGUACAGGGCACCUGAGCUAUUGUUGAACUCUUCAAACUACACUGGUGCAAUUGAUGUGUGGUCUGUGGGAUGCAUCUUUAUGGAGCUUAUGAAUAGAAAACCUCUCUUUCCGGGCAAAGAUCAUGUGCAUCAGUUCCGCCUAUUGACAGAGCUUCUUGGCACACCCACUGAAUCUGAUCUCGGGUUUGUUCGGAAUGAGGGUUCAAGAAAAUAUAUACGCCAACUUCCCCAACAUCCUCGCCAGCAAUUGGCAAAGGUUUUCCCACACAUUGGUCCAUUGGCCAUUGAUCUCAUGGAUAAAAUGCUGACAUUUGAUCCAGCUAAAAGAAUUACAGUUGAAGAAGCAUUAGCCCAUCCUUACCUUGCAAACAUACAUGACAGAGAUGAUGAACCGGUCUGUCCAGAGCCGUUCUCCUUUGAUUUUGAGCAAGCUUUGGGAGAAGAGCAAAUGAAGGAUAUGAUUUAUCAGGAGGCCUUGGCACUCAAUCCAUAUUAUGCAUAAUACCCCAAAAAAGAAAAAGCAUCAAUGGCGGCUUUCCUAUAUAUAUAUAUAUAUAUAUAUAUAUAUGAUAAAUCGAUUUGCAGUUAGUUCUGCCUCACAACGAACAAGAUGGCUGUGGCUGUGACUGAAAUAAUGCAAGCAUCAGAGCAAAAGGAGUAAGGAUCCUCAGCUGUACAGCCAUGGAGGGCCGUGAUUGAAACACACAUGAACUUUACACACUUAUUAGUUUGCACUAACAACAGUUGAUACUUAAGAUCAUCAUGCCUCAUUGAUUUCCUACUGCCCAUUUGUUGUACUUGGCUAGAUGCUGGAUUUGUUAGGCCAGUCCCAUUGCAAGUUCUAUUUAACCACAUAACCUUCAAAUUCCUUUGUAAAUUCUUUUUGGUUGAUUUUAUAAUUUGUUCUGAUAGUGUUUGAAAUUUGACAAUUUUUUAACCAUAAA